UUGCAGAAGAAAAAUUGAAAUAUGGAUAAUUUAGCAGAGAAAAAGCCACAUGCUGUGUUGAUUCCAUUUCCAGCACAAGGUCAUAUCAAUUCAUUGUUCAAACUAGCAAAGCUUCUUCAUUUUAAAGGCUUUCACAUAACCUUUGUCAACACUGAAUACAAUCACAAACGCUUGCUCAAAUCAAUGGAUUCUAAUUCUCUUGAUGGUUUCGAUGGCUUUAGCUUUGAGACUAUACCAGAUGGUCUAACAGAAGUAGAUGGUAAUGGUGAUGUUACUCAGAACGAAGAAUCACUCCGUCAAUCAAUAAGAAAGAACUUCCUUCGUCCAUUUUCUGAACUUCUUACAAAACUUCAUGACUCUGCCAUUGCUGGUGUUACACUACCAGUCACUUGUAUUGUUUCUGAUAUUUUCAUGCCAUUUACUAUACAAGCUGCUGAAGAACAUGUACUUCCAAUUCUUCUCUAUUCACCUGCUAGUGCAGCUGGCGUUUAUGCCGCUUAUCACUUUCGAACAUUGGUGGAAAAAGGUGUAAUACCAUUCAAAGAUGACAGUUAUUUGACAAAUGGAUAUUUAGACACCAAAGUAGAUUGUAUUCCAGGAUGGGAAAACUUUCGACUAAAGGAUAUCCCAGACUAUAUAAGGACAACAGAUCCAAAUGAUACUAAGGUAGAAUUUAUCAUUGAAUCGGCAGAUAAAUUCCACAAAGCGUCGUCAAUUGUUAUAAACAGUUACAGUGAACUUGAGAGUGAUGUAAUGAAACAACUUAAUUCUGUGUUCCCUUCAAUAUAUACCAUUGGCCCUUUAUCUUCAUUUUUAAAUCAAAUUCCACAAAAUAAUUUGGUUUCUUUAGGUUCCAAUCUUUGGAAAGAAGAUACCAAGUGUCUUGAAUGGCUUGAAUCUAAGGACCCUGGAUCGGUUGUUUAUGUGAAUUUCGGCAGCAUUAUAGUUUUAAGUCAAGAGCAACUAGAAGAGUUUGCUUGGGGUUUGGCCAAUAGCAUGAAACCCUUUUUGUGGAUCGUUAGGCCCGAUCUUAUCACUAGUGGGUCCUUUAUUUUGUCAUCUGUUUUUCAGAAUGAAAUUUCAAAUAGAGGAUUCAUCGCAAGCUGGUGUCCCCAAGAGAAAGUACUGAACCACCCUUCAAUUGGUGGAUUCUUGACUCAUUGCGGAUGGAACUCGGUCAUUGAAAGCAUAUGUGCUGGAGUUCCAAUGUUGUGUUGGCCUUUCUGUGCUGAUCAACCAACAAACUGUAAAUUCAUCUGUAAUAUCUGGGAGACUGGAAUUGAAAUCGAUCCUAAUGUGAAGAGAGAGAAUUUGGGGAAGUCGAUCAAUGAAUUGAUGGUGGGAGAGAAAGCAAAGAAGAUGAAGCAAAAUGCCAUGGAGUUGAAGAAAAAGGCUGAGGAAAACACUAGUCAAGGUGGUUGCUCAUACAUGAACUUGGACAAAGUUAUUAAGGAGGUCUUGCUUAAACAACAUUAGAUUUAAUUAAGUGCUUUAUUCUAUGAAAUGUGGCUUUGUAUUCAUCCAUCAUAUUUAAUUUGUUUCAUCGUCAAGCAAGCAAAAAUAAUACAUCUAGUGAGUGCUGUUGGUUAUGUAUUAUGUUAUUUGAGUUCAAUAUGAA